GUUGCUGGAUAUCAUAAUAGGUUUAGAUUAUAGUAGAUUUCGUCUGGCAAACACGUUAUCAUUUCAUUAUUGAUAUUUUGGACAAGUGAUCGGUACAAGAAGUUAACUUCUUUUCUGUAUUCGUACGAUUCAACCGGAAGUGGAAAUAUUUUCUUUAGGACCAUCUUGUUGUUUACCUCGAUCACUCAAUAAUGGCGAAAGUAACAAUGGCAAUGGAUUCCAUGAAAAGUGUUCCAUCAACAGGGACAUGGACAUGGAAAGAUGAAACGAAUUCUCUUGAAUUCAUGAGUAAUAAUCCUAAUGCUGACAGACAAGACAAGCGGCGAAGAGCGAAAGAGGGAAACAAAAAAAUGGACAGAGUGGCGUCUAGUGUUGGUAAGCCAGGAAUGAGGGGUCGCAGUCAAAAAGGGAACCAGGCCAAGUCUCCACAUCCAGCUUUAAAGCAGAAAACCAGUCAAACAACAGUGACACUUGACUAUGUCAAAAAUGUGGCGCUCAGCAUGUUAUCUGUACAAUCAAAUGAAGGGAUUCCUGAAACUUUUGAAGGCAUCCUUAAUACUGAUGAAUUUGACCUGUUUCUGAUGCAUCUCUUCAACUACUUCCAUUGCUUUUUUGACAAGUUGCUUCAGGAACAUAAAAUCAACACUACUACCUACAUUGAACCAAGCCUGUCUGAGAAGAAAGCAUUUGAGGAAUCUCUGGUAAAGAUUGGACAGACAGAGAAAUUACUAGGCCAGGCUUAUUGUGUGUUGGAGCUUGGAUUAGGACUAGAGGAUCACCACCACAUGGCUUGUGGCAAAUCAAGGGUAUCUUCAACACUCAAAGACAGAGGAAUGUUUGAGACACUCUACUCUUUCUGUGCCUAUGCUGUCCACAUAUCCUUCCGUAGAAAGGAUUUUACAGUCAUCAAAAAAGAAAUUGGCAGAAUUUUAAGGUCAGACACAUUCAACCCCGCCAAGCAAGUUAAGAAGUUACCAGAGGGACGACAAGCUGUGAGUUACCAUAAAAUUGCCGCUGCGUUGAGAGAUGCCAAGAAUAAAAAGUUCCGAAGGUUCAGAAAGCAAUUCAUCAAUAGAGAUGAGAAAGAUGACAACAGCGAAACAAAAGAAGAGCAGCCAACAGGUGCCAUUAGUAAAAUGACACCAGCUGAAUACCGCAGACUACAGCCGAAAAGACCUGCCAUUAAAGCUAUCAUCAAUCAGAGAUCUCCAGCUAUUGUUGCCAUUUUACCGUCCCCUAAAGAGGAAGCUAACUGGUUGUUCAGACGGAGGGGAGCAUUGUCACCAAAUUCACUCUCUAAAAUGGGACGAGAGCCAGAGACAGAGGAAGCUGAUGAUGGGGACAUGUUUGGUGAUGAUUUUUUUAUAGACAAGAAAACAUUUAAAAUUGGAAUCAUUGGUGAACCGUUGAACCUGUUCAACGAGAAGACAUUGACUCCUUUAGGAGCUAAUGAGGAAGAAGAAGGUGAAGAAGGGGAGGAAGGAAAGAAACAGACUGCCCCAGAGGAAGUGUCACAGGACAAAACACCUUCUCCAGAACAAAGGUUAAGCCGACAACAGACAGCCAUAUCUACAGGCACCACAGAUGCUGCGUUUGUUGAUGAAGAGGACUGAGGCUUCUUUGAAACAUUUAUGGAGGGCUGAAAAGUCAAUUGCAUCAUUACAACAGAAAAUUGUUUUUUAAGAAGAAAUUGAAUUGUAUGAGAGAGAUAUGAAAUGAAAAAGAUUUAAAUUUAAAUACCAUUGUUUGUUAUUUUACAAACUUUACAAGGCUGUGAUAUUGUAAUAUUUAUAAAAAGAAGUGAAUAAGAACUACGAUAAUGUCCCUGGUUAUCACAAGGACACGGUUCUUAUCCUCAUAUAUAAUACAUAUAUAUGACUUCUGUAGACUGUUUGUAAACACCCUCAUAUAAAAGUUAUGAUUUUGUGAUAAAUAGAUUCGCUAUUUAGCAGUAAAUCAGGAUUAUCAUAGCCAUGAUACUUGGAUAUAGAUUGUAAAAGGGAGUAAUUUUGUUUCAAUAUCCUUGGUUACUGUAUUCAGUAC